CGCUCCCAUACGCGCUUUGCUCACGCCGGCUCCUCCGUUCCCCGUUCGCAGACGAUCUUGGCAGUUCGUUGUGUUCGGGCCGCUUGGUGUGAGAGACCCAGCCCUUUUUUGGCGUUCGACCGGCCUUUGGGAUACGACCGACGAAUCCUCCGUCGUCUCUGACGAACACAAACGCCCGCCCCCGUGUGCUUCCUCCCGUGCAAGCCUAGCCGCCCAGCAUGUCUAGCCCUUCCAAGGAGAACCUGCCCAAGGUGGCCGACGAGAUCCAGCAGGAGCUGUUCAGCUUCAAGGCGUCCAACCUGAAGCAUGCGGAGACCCAGGAAAAGGUCACCCUGCCCUCAAAAGAAGACGUGCAGCAGGAGAAGAUGCACAACAGCCUGCUGGAGGGGGUGGAGCACUUCGAGAAGACGAGCAUGAAGCACGUGCAGACCCAGGAGAACGUCUGCCUGCCCAAGAAAGAAGACAUAGAAUCUGAGAAGGAGCACAAGCAGAUGAUCGAGGGCAUCGAGACCUUCGACCCAUCCAAGCUCAAGCAUGCGGAGACCCUGGAGAAGAACCCCCUCCCUACCAAGGAGGAUGGAAUCGAUAGUCGCUAGCCAAAAUCCCCCCGACGGUUCAGCACACUCGCAGUCAUAGCCCAGGAGAAGGCGGCGUGAGCGGGGCGGCCCGGAGCGAGUCUUCACCUUUCGGCGAGGGAUGCCAAAAAGCAUUGGAUGCUUCCAAGUCAAAUCUGUACUUCCGUCUGUAGCUCCUUCUCCCUUUCUACCGACUUUUUUUUUUUUUUUGUACUGUCGUCACGGACGACUUCGGCUCCUCUUCCGUAGAUAUGCAGCGGAUACGACGAGGAAGUUGCUCAAGUCGUAGCCAAACGAAGGAGAUUUGUACUACCGCAUUUAUACUACGCGUGUCCACGGCGACAUUGGGGGGGUGCAACGAUCGAAGGGGGGAGGGGCUUUUGUUUCUAAGUGUUCCGGUCCUUUUUGUUUUCCCUGUCUGAAUGAGCAAACAAAGGGGAGGGGGUGCGGGGUUGCGUCGAGAUCUACCGAAACUUUUUUUUAAAAAGGCUGUUGGAUGGCUAUCUAAUAAAAAAAGUUCACUUUCGAUGGA